CUCUACUCCACAGGAGCAGCUCACGCAGAGGCAGAAGCCACGACAACAGAUAAGUGUUUUUGAUGAAUUGCAAGAUGGAUAGGGCUUGCCAUGCCCCAAGCCCCGCGGAUACCAAAUGCCUUUAAGAUACAGCCUUUCCCAUCCUAAUCUACAAAGGAAACAGGAAAAAGGAACUUAAAACUCCCUGUGCUGAGGCAGAAAUUGAGACUGCUACAGCCUGCUUCUGUGCUGUUCCUUCUUGCCUCCAACUUGUAAACAAGACCAAGUGGAACAUGCGAAUGGAAAGUCGCACAACUCCAGGUUUUUGAAAGGAUCCUUGGGACCUGAUGCAUAUCUGUGGACACUGGAUGGAGAGAUUUGGGGAAGCAUGGAAUCUUUAGCCCGUUUAGUUCUCUAUGGAGUCAGCUUGCUUCUGUCUGGAGUGGUGGAAGGCGCCAUGGACCUGAUCUUGAUCAAUUCCCUGCCUCUUGUAUCUGAUGCUGAAACCUCUCUCACCUGCAUUGCCUCUGGGUGGCACCCUCAUGAGCCCAUUACUAUAGGACGGGACUUUGAAGCCUUAAUGAACCAACACCAGGAUCCACUAGAAGUGACUCAAGACGCAACCAGGGAGUGGGCUAAGAAAGUUGUUUGGAAAAGAGAGAAGGCCAGUAAGAUCAACGGUGCUUAUUUCUGUGAAGGGCGAGUCCGAGGAGAGGCCAUACGGAUCCGGACCAUGAAGAUGCGUCAACAAGCUUCCUUCCUACCAGCUACUUUAACUAUGACUGUGGACAAGGGAGAUAAUGUGAAUAUAUCUUUCAAAAAGGUGUUGAUUAAAGAAGAAGAUGCGGUGAUUUACAAAAAUGGUUCCUUUAUCCAUUCAGUGCCCCGGCAUGAAGUACCUGAUAUCUUAGAAGUGCACCUGCCUCACGCUCAGCCCCAGGAUGCAGGAGUGUACUCGGCCAGGUACAUAGGAGGAAACCUCUUCACCUCGGCCUUCACCAGGCUGAUAGUCCGGAGAUGUGAGGCUCAGAAGUGGGGACCUGAAUGUAACCGUCUCUGUACGACUUGCAUGAACAAUGGUGUCUGCCAUGAAGAUACUGGAGAAUGCAUUUGCCCGCCUGGCUUUAUGGGGAGGACGUGUGAGAAAGCCUGUGAGCUGCACACAUUUGGUAGAACUUGUAAAGAAAGGUGUAGUGGUCCAGAAGGAUGCAAGUCCUACGUGUUCUGCCUCCCAGACCCUUACGGAUGCUCCUGUGCCACAGGUUGGCAGGGCCUGCAGUGCAAUGAAGCAUGCCACCCUGGUUACUAUGGGCCAGACUGCAAGUUGAGGUGCAGUUGCAACAAUGGGGAUGUGUGUGAUCGGUUCCAAGGAUGCCUCUGCUCUCCAGGAUGGCAGGGGCUGCAGUGUGAGAAAGAAGGCCUGCCAAGGAUGACCCCCAAGAUAGAGGAUCUGCCAGAUCACAUAGAAGUGAACAGUGGUAAAUUUAAUCCAGUCUGCAAAGCCUCUGGCUGGCCGCUACCUGCCAAUGAAGAAAUGACGCUAGUGAAGCCAGAUGGGACAGUGCUCCAUCCAAAAGACUUUAACCAUACGGAUCAUUUCUCAGUAGCCAUAUUCACCAUCUACAAGAUCCUCCCCCGUGACUCAGGAGUUUGGGUGUGCAGUGUGAACACCGUGGCUGGGAUGGUGGAGAAACCUUUCAACGUUUCAGUGAAAGUUCUUCCAGAGCCUCUGAAUGCCCCCAGUGUGAUUGACACUGGACACAACUUUGCAAUCAUCAACAUCAGCUCUGAGCCUUACUUCGGAGAUGGACCCAUCAAAUCCAAGAAGCUUCUGUACAAACCUGUUAAUGAUCAUGAAGGUUGGCGUCACAUUCAAGUGACAAAUGAAAUUGUUACACUUGGCUAUCUGGAACCACGGACGGAAUAUGAGCUGUGUGUGCAGCUGGUCCGCCGAGGCGAGGGCGGAGAGGGGCAUCCCGGACCCGUGCGCCGCUUCACCACAGCCUCCAUAGGACUUCCUCCUCCACGAGGCCUCAGUCUGCUACCCAAAAGCCAGACCACUCUAAAUUUGACCUGGCAACCAAUAUUUCCAAGCUCAGAGGAUGACUUUUAUGUUGAAGUGGAGAGGAGAUCUGUGAUAGAUAAAAAUGACCAACAAAAUAUCAAAGUGCCAGGCAACUUGACUUCAGUGCUGCUUAACAACUUGAACCCUCGGCAGCAGUAUGUGGUCCGAGCCAGGGUCAACACCAAGGCCCAAGGGGAAUGGAGUGAAGACCUCACAGCCUGGACCCUCAGUGAUGUUAUCCCUCCACAACCAGAAAAUAUCAAGAUUUCCAACAUCACAGACUCCUCAGCUUUGAUAUCUUGGAAAAUAUCUGAGGGCUAUUCUAUUUCUUCUAUUAUCAUCCGUUACAAAGUUCGAGGCAAGCAUGAAGACCAGCACAUUGAUGUGAAGCUCAAGAACGCCACCAUCACCCAGUAUCAGCUCAAGGGCCUUGAACCUGAAACAGCUUACGAGGUGGAUAUGUUUGCAGAGAACAACAUAGGGUCAAGCAACCCAGCCUUUUCUCAGGAGCUGGUGACACUCACAGAAUCUCAAGCACGAGCAGACCUGGGAGGUGGGAAGAUGCUGCUGAUAGCCAUCCUCGGUUCAGCCGGAAUGACCUGCCUGACAGUGCUGCUAGCCUUUCUGAUCAUGCUGCAGCUGAAGAGGGCCAAUGUCCAGAGGAGAAUGGCUCAAGCAUUCCAAAACGUGAGGGAAGAACCAGCUGUGCAGUUCAACUCAGGAACUCUGGCCUUGAACAGGAAGGCCAAGAACAACCCAGAUCCCACAAUUUAUCCAGUACUUGACUGGAAUGACAUCAAGUUCCAAGAUGUGAUUGGGGAGGGCAAUUUUGGCCAGGUUCUGAAGGCACGCAUCAAGAAGGAUGGGUUACGGAUGGAUGCGGCCAUCAAGAGGAUGAAAGAAUACGCCUCCAAGGACGAUCACAGAGACUUUGCAGGAGAACUGGAGGUUCUUUGCAAACUUGGACACCACCCGAAUAUCAUCAAUCUCCUGGGUGCAUGUGAACAUCGGGGCUACUUGUACCUGGCCAUUGAGUAUGCCCCCCACGGGAACCUCCUGGACUUCCUACGCAAGAGCCGCGUGUUGGAGACGGACCCAGCCUUCGCCAUCGCCAACAGCAUGGCUUCCACGCUUUCCUCCCAGCAGCUGCUUCAUUUCGCUGCAGAUGUGGCCCGGGGUAUGGACUACUUGAGCCAAAAACAGUUUAUUCACAGGGAUCUAGCCGCCAGGAACAUUCUAGUUGGUGAAAAUUAUGUAGCCAAAAUCGCAGAUUUUGGAUUAUCCCGAGGUCAAGAGGUGUAUGUGAAAAAGACAAUGGGAAGGCUCCCAGUGCGUUGGAUGGCGAUCGAGUCACUGAAUUACAGUGUGUAUACCACCAACAGUGACGUAUGGUCCUAUGGCGUGUUGCUAUGGGAGAUUGUCAGCCUAGGAGGCACGCCCUACUGUGGCAUGACAUGCGCAGAGCUCUAUGAGAAGCUGCCCCAGGGCUACAGACUGGAAAAGCCGCUGAACUGCGAUGAUGAAGUGUAUGACCUGAUGAGACAAUGCUGGCGAGAAAAGCCUUAUGAGAGGCCCUCAUUUGCCCAGAUACUGGUGUCCUUAAAUAGGAUGUUAGAGGAGCGCAAGACCUACGUGAACACCACACUGUAUGAGAAGUUUACCUAUGCGGGCAUUGACUGCUCAGCUGAAGAAGCGGCAUAGGCCUGUGCCUCCUGCUUUGCCAGGGCUGCCUGGAGAGAGGACCCUUGGGACCUGCCAAGGAAACAAGCCAGCCUGCAGGGAGAUGCGAUGCACAUGCAUGUAUACACUGCCAUCCAUCGGGGACCUUCCCCACAGACAGCCCGAGUGUUACUCUCGAAGAUGCUGACUCUGUAGGACUGUAUAUACUGUUGUGAGUAAGAAUGUGUUGAAACUGGAAUGCCUGCUUGUUUCAUAUGCAAUAAUAUAUUUUUCUAAAAAUGUGGACUUCAUUGGAAGGCAUGAGAAUACAUUACUGUAAUGCAUAGCUCAUUAUUGUCCUAGAUAUUUUUUAUAUUUACCUUUAUACUGCUAUGUAAUAUUUUGCUACAGAGAAGUGAAAUGUUAAUGAACUUAACACAGGUUAAAAAAAGAGGGGGAGGGAAAUACAUGCAGCCAAGGAGGAUCAAAGUUAAUAUUUAAAAGACUGAAAAACCUACCUGAUAUAUAAAGAUCCCUCUGUCUCUGGAUAUAGAGCUCUAUCCCUCACCUAUUGAAGCCAGGCCAGUUUCAUCUGGUUAUACUGUAGCUCUGGCUGUGUCUCUACAGCUCCAAGUCAGCCCCCAAUACAAGCCCCUAAACAUAGACUGAAUUCCCAUUCCUUAGAACUUAAACCUUUAAUAGAGAAAUAGAGUAAUAAAUGAAUAGAAUUUUAUACUUUAAUUUCUCUGGCAAUAUUGAUUUGUGCAUUUAAAAAAAUAAUGGGAAACCUGGAGUGAUAUUUGGGAGGUGUAUGAUACUCUGGCUGACUUACAUCCUUCUAUAUCUACUGCACCUUGUAAAAAGUUUUGGUUCUCAUUGGUUGUGAGUUUACCAUUUGUACUGGAGGCACACGUUGCACUGAAAUCGUAUAAAUAAAUGUUUUGCCUACCUAUAUUCCAC